GGCAGCAUGGCUGCUUGAAGACAAUUGAUCACUAUCACAAAAGCAGUUACACGAUUUCUUUCAAGCCCGUGCAAAAUAAUCUAUAAAAGUUCGAUUCUCUUCGAACACGCACGUAGUUCCGCGUGUCCUCGCGAGAUGCCGAUCGUAGUGGCGACGUCGCGAUUGGUCUUCCGACCGGCCAAUCAGCGCGCAACGGCUGAUCGUAACCGUGAAUUUGAACCGGCGUCAACUUCAGUUGGAACCCCAGCGAACAGACGCGGGUGAAUGGUUGAUGUAACGGCGAGUUUGUGACGUGUUGCCGGCGGCAUGAGAGGACUCCGCAAAUAGGCUGACUUUUACCAAGUACGCACGGAUCAAGGAUCUCCUAUCAGGUAGAUAGACAAAGCCACCAACUCUCAAAAUCGUGGUCAACGGUCGAGAGCAGUCGAGAGCGAUCUGUGGAACGCCUACCACCAUAUUGCUCGUGACCGUUGGAUAAAUAUUUUGUUCGCGACCUCCAUGCCACCGUUAGCGACUUCGGUGAAAUUAUAUCGCUGACACAGGAGAUCCUAGUCGUCCCCAAGACACAUUGAAGUGAACAGGAAUUAAACAGGUAACAGAAGUGCCAGAUCUAAUUGUAUCCUCCAAACAUGGCACCCCCAAAAGUAUUGCUUGGACAGAACAGGCAAAAUAGCGCUAUGGCUUUAAGAACAGGCAUGACAACCAGGAGCCAGAAUGCUGUGCUAACUAACAUACUUAAACACACCGGCGUUACCAAAGACACUCGUACUAAACGAAAAGCAGAAGCUUCCCCACCCAAAGAAAAGACAAGCAAGAGAUAUGCUUUUGCAAACAUCACUAAUGCUAUUACUACAUCGCUAGCCGGACAGAGUCAUGCACCGAAGAAGGCUGUUACUCAUGUCAAGCCACGUCUAGAAAGCAACGCCACACAGAAAUCUGUGACAAGUAUUGCACAAAAAUUUACAACAAACGUUGCACAGAAGCCUGCGACAAGCGUUGCGCAGAAGCCUGCGACAAGUACUGUGCAAAAGCCUGCGACAAAUGCUGCGCAGAAAGUCACGAUUACCGUCCACAAAUCCACAACGAACGUUGCGCAGAAAUCUGUGACGGAUGUCGCAAAAGAAGCUACUACAUCAAUCACCAUAGAGAAAAUUCCAGCAAGUACCGCGGAGAACGUAACUGCUAACGUUGUGGAGAAACCUGCCACGGAGAAGACUGUUGCCGUGGCGAAGGUUGUACCGAUAAAAUUAAAACCACCACCUCGCAAGUCCACUGUGAAGAAAGACGAGAAAACGGAGGUUCCUAACAAGGUUGUAAAUACUAAUGUAAGACAUAGCGUAGAUCUAGAAAAGUCGGAAGACAGCUCGUUGUACGUCAGUGCCCUGGAAGAUGUAACGGACAGUACGAGGAGAACUCGCAGGAGCAGCAAUAACAAGGUGGACGAGAAUGAGAAUAAAGCGGAAAAAGAGGAAAAGUGUGAAUCCCCCGCGGCCCCCGCGGAGGAGAAGGUCUCGGCAGCCUCCCGGUUGAUGGCCAUACCUGAGAAGGAGAUGCCCGAAGGUGUGCAGGACUUCGACGGCGAAAAUUGGCUGGACCCGUUCCAGGUCUCGCAUUACGCGAUGGACAUCUUCGAGUACCUGAAGGAACGGGAAUGCCGGUUCCUCAUCAGCAAUUACAUGGAGCAGCAGGUGUGCCUGUCGCGAUGGAUGAGGGCACUGCUGGUCGACUGGAUGGUUGAGGUACAAGAAUCGUUCGAGCUCAACCACGAGACACUGUAUCUGGCCGUGAAGCUGGUCGAUCUGUACUUGUCGAAGGUGACAGUCAGCAAGGAGACUCUUCAACUGCUCGGCGCCGCGAGUCUUUUCAUAUCGAGCAAAUUUGACGAAAGAAUACCACCGAUGGUAGAAGAUUUUUUGUAUAUAUGUGACGGCGCUUAUACGCAAAAGGAGCUUAUAAAAAUGGAAAUGAGUGUCUUGAAAGUAAUCAAUUUUGACUUGGGAAUACCCCUUUCUUACAGAUUUCUUCGACGUUAUGCCAGGUGUGCCAAGGUGUCGAUGCCCACGUUAACUUUGGCUCGAUACAUAUUGGAGUACUCACUGAUGGAUUACUCGUUCAUUACGUUCAGCGAUAGCAAAAUGGCAGCAGCAGCUCUCCUGCUGGCGUUACUCAUGAAGGAUCUGGGAGGAUGGACUCCAACGUUAGAGUACUAUAGCGGUUACAAGAUCGAGGAUAUAAGAGAUAUAUGCAAUCUUUUGAAUCAAGGUCUACAUAAAAAGCAUAAAGAAGCAUUAACAACGGUGCGCAACAAAUACAGUCACAAGAUUUUCUUCGAAGUAGCAAAGCUGCCUUUAAAAGAAACGCUAGAUAUAUAGAUAGUUUAAGGUAGUGUAAGUACAAACGCGUGAUUUACAUUGAUAAAAAGAACAAAAUAAAAAGAAGAAAUUGCAUCAAUUAUCGUUGAUUGGUCCAAGCAAGAUGAAUAAUUGAUAUUAUAUAUAAUCAUUACCUCAUGCAAAUAGCGACAUAGCGGCACUCUCUAAAAAUAAAUUGAAUUAUGUGAAUAUAGAAUGAAACUGGGGAUUCAAAAAAUCUCAAGCGAUUUAUAAAUAGUUUUAUCGUGCUGUCUCAGCAAAUUUCACACAUAAAAAAUUGCAUUAUCUUCUUUUUUACUCUUAUUAGUAUUAUAUAUUAUUAUUAUUAUUAUUAUUAUUAUUUAUACAUAUACGAUGGACUAAUCUCUAUACUAUUUUACAAUUCCAGUAUUUGUAAAUUAUUUUCUAUUUUCUUUUUUCUUUUUUUGUUAAAAAAUUUAUUUUAGCGCCACGCUUUUACACCUUUUAAGAUAAAUUCCCAUUUGAGAUUUGAUCCUGAUAUUUUUCUUAGAGUAAAUUGUGAAUUAUAAGAUUAAAUGAAAAAGUAAUGCACGCAAUAAGAUUUCUCGAAGGUAAAGAGAUGUAUGUCAAGAAACUGAGAAGAAUAAAAAUACAAUUUAUUAGCUCUAAGGUAUAAUUUUUCUACAUAUGCGCCUUGUAUUUUCUAUAUUUUGUCCAAUGGAAAAGAAGUUUUUCCACUCCAUCGAUGAAGAACUCAGAGAAUUUCUCUGAUGCAACCGUUUGCUUUGCUUCUUCAUUUUUAAAGAUAAAUUCCUUUUAAGUUGUGAUUAAAGGAAAAACAGCCGUUCAAUGUGUCACUUUGAGAGAGAAAUUUAUGUCUUAUUUACUUAAUUGUUAUAGAAACUAGUUUUAGAGAUCAUCUAUAAUUUUGAAAUAAUCAAGCUCCUAGUUUUGAAAUUUUAUUGUCCAAUUCAUUAUAUCGUCUACCCUUUUUUCAGUAUGAAUGAUCUAUAAAUUGUAAUAAAUUUCGAUCAUCAUAAUCACUUAUAGCAACGAUUAAAACUCCAUCGUUGCACCUUGUUACAAUUUCAUUGAUAUAGCACGCGUACUCAACUUUAUUUUGACACGUAUUGUUCGAGAAUCAUUGAAAUUAAAUGUAACAUGUUCGCAAAGGAGUAACUACAAGAUUAUUACAUUGACAUCUCUAUAUAGAGGUAGUCGACUGUGUGCAUUAUUUUUCAGUUUAUCUUCGUAGCUAAUCGUCGUAAUUAACAUUAAUUAUAUCCGAUGUCCUUGAUCCCCCAGAAUAUUUUCGUAUGAUUGAUUGUGUAUCGAUCGAUUAAUCAACUAUGUAAACAUGAUUAGAGACGAGCGAAUGUUCGAUACGAAUGGAGUAUCCGGCUUGUAUUCAAGCUGCUGUCAUAUAAAAAAUGUGGCGCAUUGUUAUGCAUUGUUGUUACACUUUAUAUAGACUGAUGAUGAAGUUUAUCUUGAAUCCGAGAAACAAAACCCGCUCAGACUUGGGAUAAAUCGGAUUUGCGUAAUAUGACGAAUCUGAGCUUUUUUGUCGUGAACUAAUGUGAGAUUUUUAACUGAAGAAAAUUAGAUAUUAGAUAUUAAAUAUAUUUUGCGGUUUAACUUAACUGUGUAUUUCCAUUUUUGGCUCAUUUUUUAGCUAUGAAAUGAUUUUAAGCACAUUUAAUGAAGUAAGAUAUCUUUUCUAUCCUUCUAUUAAAAUCGUGAUUGGUCAGCUUCAAACGAUAAAUAUCCAUAUGCUAGAAAAUUAUAAUUAUGAUUUAAACUGAGGUAUCCUAUUUCACGAACACUGUUCAAAGUCAAACCGCCUUAUCAUAAAUACAACUAAUUGACUUAAAAAAUUAAAAGUAUAGAGAAAUAUGGAUGAAAUGAACAGUUGGCGUUGCAAACAUGCUUUACAUGUUGAAAUUAAGUAUGCAGCAUAUUUUAUACUGCACAGAAUAACACGCAAUCUGUGUAACAAUGUUGCAAUCCUCUCUAUCAAACCAUUUGGACGAACGUCAUCAUAGAUUAACCUGUGAUAUUAAUUAACCUACCUAAAAUGUCAUAAAAUUGAAAACUGAUGAGUGCGUAUGUGUCAAGAUGUUUUACAAGCUAGCUCCGAAAUCCCAUUACUCCUAAUGUGAAAUU